AUGCCGAUUUCCUGUAAAACUCCUUCGAAGUAUGACAUUGGAAUAGCCGCUCACUACGACGUCGAGCGACAAAAACUGUAUAUGACGUUUGGUAAAAGGGCAUACAAUGUUGACCACAUUCAAGCCGACAAUACUCAAGGUUCAGUCGUUUGUGUCUACCCAAUUGAUGAAAUGAUAAAGAAGUUUGUAAAUGAAGUGUUAGUAAAAUGUUUUAAAGGAACACCAACAUGGAGGACACCAUCUUGGCAAUGUAAUAUUAAAGCUUGCCCUAUGGCCACUGCGAUACUGGUAACUUCGUCACAGGGUAGAUCGUACGCCAAAUUUGACGUUAGUGGUGACAGAAAUAUUCCAGUUGCUAAUGAAAUGGUUCUAGAUACACCCAGUAACCUUUACCUUUUGACUGGAAACAAGGUUACAAAAUUGUCAAUGACGUCAUGUAAAUUACACAAAACGUGUGGAGAAUGUGUAACCAGUAAUGAUCAACUUGGAUGUGGAUGGUGUUUCGAUCAUUGUUCCAUACGUACUAAGUGUCAAGAUGAUAUGUGGCAUGAUCAAUCAUGUCCGCCAUUUGUUUGGGGUAUCAGUCCAUCAAAUGGACCGCUUGAAGGGUCAACACAAUUAACUAUUACAGGAGAGAAUUUCGGUUCGAUGAUAAACAACGCUACCGCAUCCAUUGGAAAUGCAUCAUGUUCGAUCCAGGACAUAAAUGACACAAGAAUAACUUGUCUGACAAGUCGAGAAGGAUUCCCUGUCAAUGCAACUGUUACGAUGAACGUGACUGAUUCGGCCUCCAAAACAUUUAAAAUUCAUGGAAUUUCUGAACAAGUGGACAUAUUAUUUGAAUAUACGCAAUCUUGUAUGAAGAGUAUUUUCCCCACGAAGGGACCAAUAGAAGGCAAAACAUUGCUUACCAUCAAGGGCGAUAAUUUUGAAAUUGGAUCUAACCUUUCUGUGAAGAUUGGUAAGACUCAUUGUGAUAUUCAAACAAAAAAUGACACAGAAAUUAUGUGCCUCACACAAUCUUGUGAAACAUGUGAACAAGCGUUUGAAGGAGGAAAUAUUCAAAUGUCUCAGUGUAGGUUGAGCGUAGAUAUUGUCGUAGCGAUUGAUGGUGCAUCAUAUCAGUCAAUAGAAGACAAGACGUUUUGUUACAUGUCAAACCCGGAGAUUAUUCACAAACCAUCAAGAAAUAGUUCUAUGAUGAGCGGAGGUUUAACCAUUAAAAUUUUUGGAAAUUGGUUUAAUUCUGUUACCAACCAUGGUAUACUAUUAAGUGUCGGUGACGUUAAUAUAAGUUCGUCUUGUAGAAUGAAGAAUUCCGGACAACUGUUAGUGUGUUCAACUCCUGAUUUGAAAUCCGUAUUGAACAAAUCUGAAGAAGUUAUCGAAGGCCGCUUGACUGUAAUACUAGACAACAAUCCAGUCAAAUCGUUCUCACUCAUGAUUUAUCCUGACCCAGAAUUAGACUACCUAGAUAUGGACACACAACUUAAAGAUAUUGAAAUGAAGGACAAAAUGUUAGAGCUAAAGGGGCGAUAUCUGAAUUCUGCAGCAAGAAAGGAAGAUUAUAUAAUAAAAAUAAAUGGAUCGAGUUGUCCUGUUAUGGAUCUUCAUCAAACGUAUCUGAUAUGUAACCUUUCUGACACAGUUCAUAUCAAAGAUGUGUCACUACUUGUAGAGGUAUCUGUUGGUGCUAAUUGGAAGACUGUUCUUGGACACAUAAAGAUUUUCCAUGUAAAUUAUCGUCAGAAUCAAUUAAAGAACACAGUUGUUGGGAUUGCUUUGGGCAUAUCUGCUGUUUUGAUGUUAGGUCUUAUAUUUGUCAAGCGCAGGUAUCAUUUAGGAGGGUUUCGUAAAAAGAUUUCUGUUAUGUAUCUCAACAACCAAGAAGAUAGAAAUACGAUAGGUCCACAGAAUGAAACAGGGAGUUUGGUAUGUGUACACAAGGGGUAUCUUUCAUCAAUGGAAGAUAGGGAAAAACAACUUGUUGCCGUCAAAACCGUUCUGAAAUCUAGAAAACAGGACAUUAAUGCCCUCCUGGAUGAAGCUAUGAUCAUGAAAGAUUUUGAUCAUCCAAAUGUGUUGUCACUACUUGGCAUUUCCGUCGCUCCUGAUAAAUUCCCGUUGAUUAUUUUUUCAUUCUUGGUGAAUGGCAAUCUUCUGUCUUAUAUUCAAAGAGAUGAUAAUGUGCAAUCUUGCAAAGACCUGAUGACCUUUGGACUAGAUGUUGCUAUGGGUAUGGAAUAUCUUUGCAGCUUAAAAUUUGUGCAUAGAGAUUUAGCAGCAAGAAACUGCAUGGUGGAUGACAACUUACAGAUUAAAGUAGCAAACUUUGGGCUGGCUAGAGAUGUAUAUACACAAAACGUAUAUAGCAGUGAUAACAAGCAAACGUUACCAGUUAAAUGGAUGGCUCCUGAAAGUUUAAAAAACGGGAUCUAUAGUACCCAAUCAGACAUCUGGUCGUUCGGUGUAGUUGUUUGGGAAAUAAUGGCAAGAGGUUCCGCUCCUUAUUGCGACAUUAAUGAUUUUGACAUGCGUAAUUACUUACAAUCUGGCGAGCGCCUGAAAAGAACUGAUUUCUGCCCACCACUAUUAUAUGAUUUAAUGCUGAGAUGCUGGGAAUCAGACCCUGACGACAGACCAACUUUUCAUGAGAUAAAUCAGAGGAUCACUGGAUUAUUAGAACAGAGAUUGAACAAUGUUAAAUGACAGAGAAUUUAUAAACAAAUAUCUGUAAACACUAGAAUAUAAUUUUCAUUUCGAGAGUCUGUUUCCAAAGGUUCAAUGUAAAUAUUUUCUCACUUAUUUUUCAAUUGGUCUGACAAAAAUGAUGCCCCUGCAGAAAAAAAACUAAUGAUAUAUUUUACACUAUGUUUGAUGAUCUAUCUUUUAUUUUUAUUCAGAGUUCUACACUUGUAGAACUGAAUGCCGAGCACUCUAGUUUUAGUUUUCACUAAGUUCAACUUUAUAUUUCCAGUGGUCUCGAAGUUGAAAUUCCUGGUAUUGAAUAAAUAUUUGACAAUUCUGAAA